GAAAAAACUAUUUCCUUUUAAAAUAAACAGCAUGGGCGAUUAGAAUCGUCUUCUACUUCGAAUUCUUCUAGGGUUUUACUCAUAGCCACUUCAAAGGCGCUUAGGGUCAUCUACAGUCGAAUUCUCCGUUUGCCUCCUUUUCUUUUUUCCCGUUUUCCCUUUUUCUGAUUGUGUGGUUAUUGUUAUCGACAUUGAAGGAUUCUCUCACAAGUAGUUGAUUACGAUAAUCUCAAUUUUGAACGAAAAAUAGAAGAUUAAUUCUAAAGAAAAAUCCUUUUCGGAAUCGGGGGAAGGAUAGAGUGAUGGGUGGAGCAAAGAAAGAAACCCAAAAAACAGCUCAAAAUUGUGAAAAAAGCUUGAUUUGUCACACAGAAGAUACUAAUGCUCCAGAGGUUCCAGUUUCGCUGUUUGAAUUUUCAGUGGAGAAUCACUUCAAAGCCAUGGAUACGAUAUCUAGGCUAUGCGAAGAGGAGGCAGAGGCCAAUGCAAUCCGAGAAAGCGAAAUUGAGCGGUUAUCCUCCACCAUCCUUUUCUUGAGAGAAUGGAGACAUUACAAUUACAAACCAAGAACAAUUAACUUUGCUUCCGAAACUGAAAGUUCUCUGGGAAGGGAUGUUGUCGAUGGGAUAAACUUACAUCAGUUUUCAGCUGCAAGUGUACCUAAGGAGAGAUUUUCUGGGGCCACAACAUCUUCAGAAUCCAGAAAAGACUUUGUACUGUAUGUCGGAGGGUGUGUUUGGGCAUUGGAUUGGUGUCCUAAAGUUAAUCAAAGGUCUGGCUGUCAUUUCAGUUGUGAGUUUAUUGCUGUUUCUGCUCAUCCUCCUGAAUCUUCUUAUCACAAGAUUGGUGCCCCUCUUUCUGGGAGAGGUAUUGUUCAGAUAUGGUGUCUUCUAAAUAACAGUAUGGAUGAAGAUAUGCCUCCUCCAGUGGGAAAACCAAAAGGGAGACCUAGAAAGAAUGACAGUGCGAAGGACAAAGCAAGUACACCUCAGAGGCAGAGAGGUAGACCUAGAAAAAAGCCAAUAAUUGAAUCACUUGAUGUAUUGGACUGUGAAAACCAAUUUGCUCAAUCUCUCGGUCAAUUCCCAGAAAUAUCAUCUGAAUUGGUUGCUAGCAAUGGACUUUCUAUGAAUAGCCAUGAACAUGCAGUACAAGAAGCUGCUAAUAAACAAGAAAAAGGUUUCAACCGAGGUAUGGCUGCAUGUAAUACAGCAGUUAAAACUUCAGCACGGAGGCCAAGAGGGAGACCUAGAAAAAGGCCAAUAAUUGAAUCUCUUGAUGGUUUAGAUUGUGAAAACCAACUUCUUCAACCUCUUGCUGUGCAAUUCCCUGAAAAUUCAUGCAAAUCAUUUGCUAUAGAUGGACUUUCCACGAGUAGCCAUGAAUAUUCUGUACAAGAAUGUGCUAAUAAACAAGAAAAAGGUUUCAACCAAGUUAUGGCUGCAUGUAACUCAGCACCUAAAACUCCAACAGAGAGGAGAAGAUCGAAACGUAAGACACGGGUGGUGAAUUAUAGUGAUGAGAGCAGUCUCCCUUUAUCAACUCAAAACAAGAACAAAGAAUCUUCCCCUGCAAAUUUUCAAACACAUAUCAACUCUGAAGAGCAUCCCAUGAUGUCUAGUGAUGAUAUGCCCCAAAAUAGUUCCUUUGGAAUCAGCUCAGCUAAUGAUUCUAUUCCAAACGAUGUUGCCUUGCCAAGAAUUGUGUUAUGCCUAGCUCACAAUGGAAAGGUUGCAUGGGAUGUGAAAUGGCGGCCUUCUAGCAUGUCUGAUUUGGAAUGCAAGCAUAGGAUGGGUUACCUUGCUGUCUUGCUGGGAAAUGGAUCUCUGGAAGUGUGGGAGGUUCCUUCUCUUCAUACAAUUAAAGUUAUUUAUUCUUCUUCUAAAAAGGAGGGCACUGAUCCUCGCUUCAUAAAACUGAAGCCAGUCUUUAGAUGCUCAAACUUGAAGUAUGGUGACAGACAAAGCAUUCCUUUAACGGUGGAGUGGUCAGCUUUUUCUCCCCAUGAUUUGAUAGUUGCUGGAUGUCAUGAUGGAACUGUUGCUCUAUGGAAGUUUUCUGCAAAUGGUUCAUUUGAAGGUAGUGGCACCAUGCAAGUCACUUCAGAUACAAGGCCUUUACUUUGCUUCAGUGCUGAUACAGUUCCAAUAAGAGCAUUGGCAUGGGCUCCAGUUGAAACUGAUCCAGAGAGUGCAAAUAUAAUUGUCACUGCUGGACAUGCAGGGGUAAAGUUUUGGGAUAUACGCGAUCCAUUCCGCCCCUUGUGGGAGAUCAAUCCGGUUCGCAGGGUCAUAUACAGUGUGGAUUGGCUGCCUGAUCCGAGAUGUAUUAUCUUAUCCUUCGAUGAUGGAACACUAAGGAUCUUCAGCUUGGCGAAGAUUGCAAAUGAUGUUCCUGUUACCGGAAAACCUUUUUCUGGGACACAACAGCCUGGGUUGAUCUGCUAUUCUUGUUCGCCAUUUCCUAUUUGGAGUGUUCAAGUGUCACGAGCAACAGGGUUGGCUGCAUAUUGCAGUGCAGAUGGUACUGUUCGCCAAUUUCAGCUUACAAUUAAAGCAGUGGAGAAAGAUUCCCGAAACAAGGCCCCUCAUUUUCUAUGUGGGUCAUUGACUGAGGACAACUCAGUCCUUACUAUCAAUACUCCAUUGUCAACCAUUCCUUUUGUGGUGAAGAAGGCACUGAACCAGUGGGGGGAUACCCCACGAUCCAUUCGUGGGAUUUCUGAGUCAAAUCAGGCAAAAAGAGUCAAUAAUCAGAAGUCAAAUGAUCAACCACUAGACCUAUGUGAAGAUGAUGAUGAUGAUGAUGAUGAUGACGACAAUGAUUCAUCGAUUGAAGUAUCUGGGAGCACGAAGGCAGCUUCGAAGAGAAAACAAAAAACAAAAUCUAAAUCUAGCAGUAAAAAAAAUCCAAAAAAAGAUCAAGCAGCACUUUGCAGUUAUGAAGAGGCAGAGAACUUAGAGAAUAAAGAAGAUAGAAAAGAGGAAGGCGGAAAUGAAAUUGAAGUUUUCCCUUCCAAAAUUGUAGCACUUCAUAGGGUAAGAUGGAACAUGAACAAGGGGAGUGAGGGAUGGCUGUGCUAUGGAGGAGCAGCAGGAAUUGUGCGUUGUCAGAAGAUUACUGCUGGUGUGUUGAAAAAAGAUCUUGUGAAGAGAUGAAGUAAAUCAUAUAAUAUAACCAACCACCUGACCCUUUCUUGGCUAUGUUAUCAUCCUGAAUCGAUAUACUACUUGAUAUUUAACUAAGCCUUAAUUUUGAAACAAUUUCGGUGCAGGUGAAGGUAUUUGAAAUCACCCUGCUGUAUAGUAGUUGGAUUUGAAAUUGCCCAUAGGAGAAAUCUGUAUUUUUCUUUUAAGUACUUCUAUUAAACUUCACUUUAUUGUAAUUGAUGAAUACUGUCUAGUGAUGAAUAAUUACCAUAUAUUGUCUACAUGGGAGACUGCUGGAGGUCAGAACUGCUAGCGCCAACAACCUCCACAACCUGCUUUGGGCUGUUGUCAGAAGAUGAGAAAUAGCCCGAGAAUCCAAAGUCCAUAACUAUGGCCAGGAGCUUUAAUAGUUUUGCAGCAUGUCUGUUACCACUUACCACAUGGAAGCAAUGCUCUCAG